GAAAGGGUGAAGUGUGGAGAGAAUGGGUCUCGGCAACAUCAGCAGCUGCCUGCCUCUUCUGGUUAUCUUGUGCUGCAGUGUUUGCAGAGUCGUUCUGUCCCAGAAUAACAACUGUACAGCAGGUUUUCAAGUCAAUCCAAGGAACAAAACUGAGUGUAUCGAUAUCGAUGAAUGUAUAAACACUCCGUGUCAAUCUCACAAACAGUGUUUCAAUGCACUUGGUUCCUACUGGUGUCAAUGCAAGAAGGGGUUUAAAACAUUAGUCACCUGCUCUGGUCCCAACAGCAUGAAAAUCUGUGAAGAUAUCGAUGAAUGUGCUUCCCCUCCGUGUGCCCAUGAAGCAACUUGUCAGAACACAAAUGGUUCCUUCCAGUGUAUCUGCAGCGAAGGCUUUAAGUCAUCUGAGAAGGCCAGCUCCAAUGGCAGGAGGACCUGUGACGAUAUCGACGAAUGUCAAUCCUCGCCCUGUCCACAUCGCACAACUUGUACCAACACAUUGGGUUCCUACCAGUGCAACUGCAUCACAGGGUUUCAGGCAUCUCCUGCGACCGUCACCCUCACUGCAGGGAAGGUCUGUGAAGAUGUGGAUGAAUGUGCGAAUGAAACCGUGUGCCCCACCAACACGACUUGUCGCAACACCUUUGGGAGUUUUUACUGUGUCUGUGAAGCAGGACAUCCCCCAGCACCGGGAGAUGCUCACCAGGCCUGUAGAGUGGAUCCUCUUGACUGUCCCGGCUCUGAAAAGCAGAAUUCCACAAUGUUGCAGUGCGAUCCGAAUCAUUCAUGGAACUCACAGCAGUUAAACUUCGCAGAAGAUGUGCUGAAGUUAGCUAAUUGCUACCGUGAUAAAGUCUGUCAGAACUUCAAUGGGAAAAACGAUACCGAGGUAAUGACGGCGUUUGUAAACAACAUUCUUAAUAGCUCGAGGCUGCACACCAUGAAGACCGCUGAAAGGCUGAAGGUAGCAACAGCCACGUUGGACCUCCUGGAGAACAUGGCAAUGGCGAUUGCUCUGACUCUACCCAAUUCAACAGAAGAGACUAUAAAAACAGACUCUUUCGUUCUUAAGGUCAAGGUGCCUGGAGGGAAAAAUAUGAGUGCAAGCGAAUUGGUGGAAGUAGAAGCUCAGAAUAAUUCCAUGGAGAUCUUCUGGAGAACAAUUGCUGGAGGAAAUAACACCGAAUUUGUGGCUGUUUCCUUACUCGUAUUCAACGACAUGGAAUCCCUGUUGAACGAAGACAUUGAAAGAGACCAGCAGGAAACUGUCCCAUUAAACUCCAAGGUGGUCUCUGCCACGAUCAGCAACAAAGCAGUCAGCUCGAAGCUGAAGGAAAUGGUCAAUGUCACUCUGAAAUUCAACCAGGAAAUGGAAAACAAGACGAAGGAGCCAAAAUGUGUCUUUUGGAGGAAAACCAAAGAGGGAAAUGUCUGGUCCCCUGAGGGUUGUAAACCGAUUGUUUACAAUCAGACCCACGUAACCUGCCAAUGUGACCAUCUGACAAGCUUCGCUGUGUUAAUGGCACCAGUUAAGAUCGAGUACGGAGGGCACUUGGAUGUGAUCACCUACAUCGGCCUCACCAUCUCCCUGCUGUGUCUCGCCGCCUCCAUCGCCAUAUUCAUCAACUGCACAUCCAUCCAGAAUGCCAACACCACUGUCCACAAGCACCUGAGUCUCACCCUCUUCCUGGCACAGUUCAUCUUCCUGGCAGGAAUGUGGAUUAAACAACCAGUGGUGUGUGGUCUGGUAGCAGGGUGUUUGCAUUACCUCUUCCUCUCCGUCUUCAGCUGGAUGUUCCUGGAUAGUCUGCAGCUUUUCAUCAUGUCCAGACACCUGACCGUCACAAAUUAUACCCGUACACACAUCAUCAGACGAAAAUACCUGUACAUUUCCGGUUACGCCGUUCCUGCUGUGAUAGUAAUUAUCUCGGCAGCAAUAUAUCCCAGAGGAUAUGGAACAAAAGAUCACUGUUGGCUGAACCACAAGUUUGGGUUUAACUGGAGUUUCCAGGGCCCGGUCUGUGUCGUGAUUGUGGUCAACACGGUGCUGUUGGUUUGGACACUCUACUUACUGAAAUGCCAUUUUGACUCACGCAACAAGGAGGUGUCGAAGCUCAAAGAAACCAAAACCCUGACCCUUAAGGCUGCUGCACGGAUGUUUGUUUUGGGAUGCACUUGGAUCUUCGGAAUAUUUCAAUUCAAUGAGAGCACCAUGGUGUUCUCCCACUUAUUCACUGUCCUCAACAGUCUCCAGGGUCUGUUCAUUUUCCUUAUUUACUGCGUUUUCAAUCGCCGGGUGGUUGAUGAAGUUCAGAAAUGGUUGACCAGUAAGCACAAGACUUUCACCAUUGACUCGACACAGACUGAGAUGAACACAACUGAGACUUACAAAAUAACACCAUCAGAGGGAAGGUCCAAGACUCAAUGACAAGAUUUGUCUCAGUGGAUUUUCUUUCAUUCAUGCUCUCUCGCUCUCGCUGUGCUUCUGACUUUGAAGGUUGUGGGUUCGAGUCCCAGUUCCAAGCACGGAGGGUUACACUGCUCACACUUCCGGAGUUACUUGGCUUAUCCUGAAGUUGUCAAAAAGGCGCUGUUUAAUUAAAUGUGUCUGUGGAAGUGAGUCUGUAUAGGAAUGUGUGUGAGAGUUGGUGUUUUGAUGUCGGUGAAUAUAAAUAUAUUUCUGGACAUUUGCUAAUUUUCCAAGUUUUGCUCAGCCAUCUCCUGUUUGGACUUGACCUUGUUCUAACAUGUUGCAAACACAAGUACAGACUGCUGCAUAUGCACAGCUCAGACAUACAAAGCAGGUACACGCAUGUACACCAGAAACUCACAGAUACCAAAUCAAUACAGUAGAUCUUGGACACAUACAGAGUUCAGGUACGUACACCGACCUGAAGCACAUGUAUGGCAGAGCGCACACACACCCUGCUUUGGGUACUGUGACUGUGGCUAACUCAGCACCAACGGAACCAAUAUCACACCUUCUCUUCUGCCUUUAUACACUGAAUGUGUAGGACUUGCUUGCUACAUUCAUCGAAAAACCACAUAUAUAAAAUACAUGCUUACAUGAUUUUUUUAAUUGCAGAAAAGCUGUUUAUUUACAAAGUUGUGCAUGCUUGAAAAUCCCUGCACUGUUGAUCAAAAUUCAUUUAAUCAAAAAUCUUAAUAAAUAAGUCUUAUUGCACCGAUA